UGGCCGGUCACGUGGUGCGGAUGCCCUUCUCCUGCGUGACAGAAAACAUGGCAGCGCUCUUGAGAUCAGCGCGGUUCCUCAGACUUUCUCCUUCGGGCUCGCUCCAGAUCUCCGGGACCAAGAGAACCGGACCGGCACUCAGCCGGCUGUACAGCGGAGCUCUCAGCGCCAUCAGCCGGGCCGGAGUCUGUCCUCGGCAGAUCCGCCUCGCUUCGGAAAAUGCGUGCAGUCGUGUGUGGCCACACAUCGCAGCAGGGUGUGUUCGUACCUACGCCGCGGUCACGGAGCAGAAGGACGAGUCCAGCAACGUGGUGAGGUCCAAGCAGGCGCAGGAGUUUGACUGGGCUCUGACCAAGCUGGACAGCUCUGUGAGGAGAACCGGUCGCAUCACCAAGACCCUGUUGCUCCGUAUCUUCCAUGAUAUCUGCAGGACAGGUUAUCCCAGCGGUAACCAGGCCUUGUUGCUGCUGCGUAGCUGUGGCUCCCUGCUGCCAGAGGUGCCCCUGCGGGAACGCACUGAGCUGGCACACCAUGUGUGGGAGAAGCUGCAGGAGUUGGGUGCACAGUAUGAUGUGAGCCACUACAACGCCUUGCUGAAGGUUUACCUGCAGAAUGAGUUCAAGUUCUCCCCCAUGGACUUUCUGGCCAAGAUGGAAGCGGCUAACAUCCAGCCCAACAGAGUCACCUACCAGAGACUCAUAGCAGCUUACUGCCAAAAUGGAGACAUCGAGGGAGCCAGCACCAUAUUGGGUUUCAUGAAGAGCAAAGAUUUACCCAUCACCGAGGCUGUUUUCAACUCCCUGGUGACAGGCCAUGCUCGAGCAGGGGACAUCGAGAGUGCAAAGAACAUCCUGACUGUGAUGCAGGGAGCAGGGAUUGAACCGGGUCCCGACACUUACACGGCGCUGCUUAGCGCCUACGCUGAGAUGGGAGACCUGGACGCUCUGAAAAAGACUCUGGAGGCAGCGGAGGCUGCAGACUGCAGUCUGAUGGACAGGGACCUCAUGCAGAUCAUCUUCACCAUGGCCAAGGCCGGACACCAGCAGCACGUCCCAGAGUUGGUUGAGCGCUUGAGGCACGAGAGGGGUUACGUUCCAGAUGCCAUGAACUUGUGUCUGAGCCUCAUCACUCAGGGUCUGGAGGACAUGGCUUUUCACAUCCUGAGAACUUUCCCCUCACUGCAGCCUGAAGGCAUGAGCUCCGAUUCCCCGAACCUGGGCAACUUCUUCCUCAGACACUGUGUCAACAUGAACACGCCACUGGAGAAGUUGGGCCUCUAUUGCAAACAGCUCCAGGAGUCCAACCUGCAUGCCACGCCGCUCAGUUUCACUUUGUCCUGUGCUCUGGAGGCCAAGAAGACCGGCAUGUCUUUAGAGCUGAUGAAGCUGUUUAAGGAGCAGGACUUACCUGUAAGGCCGCACUACUUUUGGCCUCUCCUUGCUCAGCAUGUGAAAGACAAGAACACAGCAGGUGUGAUCGAGCUGUUGAAGGGCAUGCAGGAGCUCGGAGUGUCCCCUGAUGUUGAGACUUUAUCGGUCUAUAGCUUCCCUGCCUUCCCCAGCGUGGACGCAGGUCUACAGGCCCUCAAGGAUGCAGGUGUGUCUUUAGAGUCAGAGGGCUUCUUGUCUUCCGAGGUUCGUUCGUUGGCGGUUAACGACCUGGCCAAACUCUACGCCCGAUUGUCCGAUCCUUCCUUCCCGUCGUUGGACCUCAUUGCUUUCCGCGGCAGCCUCACCUAUGGCUUCAAAAAGUCUGAUGACGUGGAGAGCAUGGUGAAGAUUACAACGCUCCUGUACAACGACGAGCGAUUCUCCAAAGGAGCCUCCAAGCCUGGUGAAAAGGUAUCCUUCUUCUUGUACAAUCUGAUCGACAACAUGUCGGAGAGGGAGGUGCAGGCACAGGAAGGCAAGCUGCAAAAAUACUUCAGUCAACUGCGGACUCAGAACAUAACCAUUACAACAAGUAUCUUCAGAGGCAUCAGGAACCUUCUGGACUCCUACCACGCCCCAGAGCUCAUCAAGUAUGUGAUUGCUUUGCUGGACCCCAAAGAACAAGAGUCCCAUGGCUCUGGGGCAGCUCCUCUUCCUCCUCCCCCUGUCAAUGGGUCGGACGUAAAGGUGUUUGCACUUGAGAAUAAACUGGCCGAACUGAAAGCAGAGAACAAACCAAUAGGCAACGUUCUCAAACAAAUCAUCCAGGCACUCUGUGCCGAAGAGAACCUGCAGCGUGCCCUCGAGCUGAAGCAGCAGCACGAGGAGGAGAUGACAGUCCGCGGCUACGCCAGCCUCCUCGGCCUGUGCUGUCGCCAUGACAAUGUGGAAGAGGCGCUCAACCUGAAGAGGGAAAUAGAUCGCAAGGACUCAUCAACAGUGCUGGAUGCCAGUAAAUACAUCGCACUGGUCAAGACUCUCUCUAAGAACGGCAAGGUGGAGGAGGCGAUAGACUUUCUGAAGGAGAUGAAGGAGAAGAACGUGGCGCUGGACGACACGCACGUCACCAAUCUGUUUCACGUGCUCAACGCCUUAGCAGCCAAGGGCGCCGCAUCCACCAUCCAGCAGCUGCAGGACACCAUCUUCACCCUCGGACUGACAAAGCCCACUGCCAAUCUCUGCUCCCCUCUGAUUACAGCCCACCUGGGCAGUUCGGACCUGCCUGGAGCUCUAGAAGCAGUCCUGGAGUUUCAGAAGCGCUACAAACUCAUGCCACGCAUGCACGACGUCAUUGUUGGUCUGGUGGAGAAAGGAGACACUGAACUGCUGCAAAAAGCCAUGGACUUUGAGAGUCAGACACGAGGAGAGAUGGCCAUGCUGUAUGAUCUGUUCUUUGCAUUCCUGCAGACGGGCCGAUACCGCGAGGCUCGUAAGAUCAUUGAGACCCCCGGGUUGAGGGCAAGGCCUGGACGUCUGCAGUGGUAUGCAGAGAGAUGCAUUUCUGGCAACCAGAUGGAGGCCUUGGACCAGAUGGUGGACAUGACAGCCAAGCUGUUUGAGUGCGACAGAGAUGAGAUGUACAGUUUCGUCCUCCGUCUCUGCAAGGAGACGAACGACUGGCAGAAGGCUGAAGCGACGUGGACGAAGAUGCAGGAGGAGAACAUCAUUCCCAGGGAGAGGACCCUGCGUAUGCUGGCAGACAUACUUAAGAAUAACAGCCAGGAGGUGCCCUUUGAGGUGCCUGAGACCUGGUACGAACAAGCUGACACCAAACAGGAGGUCCAACCAGAAACAAACCCCAUCCGAACCGAGAGCAGUUCUGAAUACAGCAUGCAGGUCUUGACCCUCUGCAAAAAGCGCAAACCUAAAGAAGCCUUGAAGAUACUGAAGGACCUGAAUACAAGGGGUGUGGCAUUAAACCCCUCUGCUUACGACCACUUGAUCCGUACCCUGUUGUCUGAGGGAGCGAUGGAGGACGCCUUGACAGUCCAGAACGUUGCUAAAUCUUUUUUGCCUGGUUUCCAAAUGAGUGACAUCGCCACCAGUUUGCUCAUCAUCACACAGAGCAAGAGAGGCCAGAUUGGAGAUGCUCUUAAGAAUAUGAAGUCCAUGCUCUCCGCGGAGCGAGUGCCCUUGCAUCUUGCCAUCACCAGACUGAUCCAGGCCAUGGGUAGCCAAGGCGACGUGGCGGGGAUCCAGGAAGUUGAGUCACUUAUAAAGGACUUGAACAUGGAUGGAAACCUGUCCAGCAUGGUGUUUGUCAACAACAUGGCCCUGGCACACAUCAAGAAUGGUGAUUUGGAGAAAGCAGUGGAGGUCUUAGAGGGAGUCUUCACUGCUCCAGACAGCACAAACCACAGUAUAUCCUUCGUCUUCAGAAAGGUCUUCGAGCAGGACAAUGACAAAGCCUUGGACAAGCUGAGUGCUAUGGCAGAGCGGCUAGCCAACCAUUUUGCCUGCUACAGACCAGCUUCAGACCUCUUCCUCCAGCUGCUGGAAAUGGACAAGAUCGAGGACGCCAAGUUCAUGCUGGCUCGCUGUAGCGCCUUGGCUGAACAGAAAGAUAUGAUAUCCUACAUGGCUCGAAAGGCGCAGAGUCCUGGACAGGUGGGCAAGAUCAAGACCCUGCUGAGCCUGAUUCCAGACUUGGUCGAGAAGGAAGUGGUGACCUCGUACCUGAUGAAAUGUCAUUUUAUGGAUAAGGACUUAUCAUCAGCCAAGGCUCUGUAUGAGCAGAUUCAGAAGGAGGGGAUGGUCAUGGACGAGCUGUCACUCAAACGUCUGGCUGUGCUUUACCGCAACGCAGAAGAGACGGCGCCCUUCCACGAGCCCCCCGAGUCCUUUAAGUUUUAUGCAGACAAGCUGAAAGAGAAAGUCGACAAAGCCAGGACCCAGGCUGAGGAGUAGAGAUUCAUCCACACCCUCGUCCUUACCUCCAUCCAAAUCCCACUGUUCUUUCCUUGCUUUUUUUUUUUUUAUAUAUAAGUUGUUUGAGCUAAAAUUUGGAGUAUUGUGUUAUAGCUGUUGGGUGUUCCACUCUGUCCACUGCGCUAUUGAUAAUGUUGAAGAUGAUGAAGAUGAUGUUGAGAAUGUACAGAAGUAUUUAUGCAAAUAAACGAUGUUAGGAAUCCA